AUGGAGUUUGGCGUCACCAACAUGAACAUGAACCAGACCAACGAUGGCUCGGGCUACUUCACCGUCAAGCCCAACACGCGCACAGCAAAGUGUAGCUCGGGACAGUGCUCGUUGACGCCCUCGGGCAAGAACGCAUGCGUUGUUUCGUUUAGUCGCGGCGGAUAUCCGAGUGGCACGUGUUACUGA